CCUGCAAGCACAGAUGGAUUUCAUGUGUGUGUUUUUCUUUCCAUUUGCAAAACAGUUGCUAGAACCUGUAGCUUGAUCUUCAUUGUGCUUGAUGUGCUGAAACCACUGGGGCACAAGAGACUUAUUGAAUAUGAACUUGAAGGGUUUGGAAUAAGGCUCAACAAGGAACCACCAAAUAUUACAUUCAGAAAGAAAGAAAAGGGUGGAAUUAAUCUCCAAACUACAUGCACCCAAUCAGAGCUGGACAUUGACUCUGUGAGAUCCAUUUUAAGUGAAUAUCGCAUUGCUAAUGCCGACAUCACCCUGAGAUAUGAUGCCACCACUGAUGAUCUCAUUGACGUCAUUGAAGGAAACAGGGUUUACAUUCCUUGCAUCUAUAUCCUGAACAAAAUUGAUCAAAUAUCGAUCGAAGAAUUAGAUUUAAUCUACAGGAUCCCACAUGCUGUCCCAUUAUCAGCUCACCACAAGUGGAACUUUGAUGAUCUGCUUGAAAAGACCUGGGAAUAUCUCAAUCUCAUAAGAAUAUACACAAAGCCAAAAGGUCAGCUACCAGAUUAUGAGGCCCCUGUGGUGCUGAAAAAUGGCCUUUCAAGUGUGGAGGAUUUCUGUAACUCUCUACACAAGAGCAUCAUGAAAGAAUUCAAACAUGCAUUAGUUUGGGGCUCUUCUGUAAAAUUCAGUCCACAAAAAGUUGGUAAGGAGCAUGUACUGCAAGAUGAAGAUGUGGUUCAAGUAGUGAAAAAGGUGUAAAAAUGAAACAUUGAAAGAAGUUUCAAAUCCUUUUGAAGCAAACUGAGAUGAAAGAUCUGUCCAGAGAUGUCAUCAUUGUAACAAGAGAAUUAGACUAGACAGAUCUAUUCUGUGAAAAGCAUUAUGUCUUGUCGAAAGAUGGCUUUGUAGUCAAAAUGAAUCAUGUUAUGAAAACUACAUACAUGUGCACGAUGCAGUGUUAGAUACCUGUACCUUUUUAUCACAUGCACCCUGUGAGGUUCAAAAAUUAACUGGUGAUAUGAUUGUUUUUUGCUUCUGCCAAUGUUGAUUACCAUGGCAAUCAACAAACCGUGAAUAAAUGAAAGAAAGAGAAUGGAUCAGGUCUACCAAUCACAACCCACAGUCCUGGCAUUUUGAGCCUGCUGAAAUGAAGUACUGGUCACAUUUUGAUGUCAUCUGUGAUCUACUACUGAACAAAUGCAUGGCAACAUGGAAUUUAUUUUUUAAGCUGACCCUUCAGUGUCUGUAGUGCAUGAUGAAGAAUCAUGAACCUGUGUUUCAAACAUACUAGUAUGUUGUUCUGCAAUGUUCUCGGGGGAACCCCAUAUGAAAAGGACGAGGGUGCUCAUUGGAAAUUUUGAAAGAACCCCUAAGGGGUAUCGAGAUCCUGCUUUGAGGGCAUGGUUUGAAAUGUGUUUCACCCCUUAGAGUUACCAAUUCCAAAACAACACAUUACAGUGUAUCUCCUGUCAUA